UCAUUUAAAAAGAUGUAACUUACUAUUUUGUAUUAAUUACAUUUUAAACUUGCUGAGUUGUCAAUACUUUAUGUCGCUUAAAUGCGUACGUGUCAGCGUUACAAUUUAUUUUGCCCAACAUUAAACAUAGACCAACCUUUCUAUUCUCUAAAGAAAUUAUCAAUUAGACUAUAUAAUAAGUGACGGCUAGCUUAGUGAAUAUUAAAUGUACAAACUCGACAUAUUAUAACUCGAUACUAGAAUAUUAGCUCGAUCAACUUUGGUCUACAGUAACUAUGUUUGCAUUGUUUUGGAUGAUGGUUACUUUGACAUACAUGCUUACAUCUUUUGAAAAUCUCUGCUACUGUUUUGGAGGACAGUCCAACCUCUUCUUAUUUUGUUUUAUAUAAAAAUUAAAACUAGAUCAACAUCUAGAGAUAUUUACUCAAAGAUUUGACUACUUCUUUUUCACUCAAUGAAAUAAUUCUUUUGUGUGAACAUUUGGCUACAUCAACUACAUUUGCUAGAUUAACUACAACUAGAGCUUGAUCCGUACGUCCGUGCGGGUGUUUUUUUUAACUUGUAAAAUCAUUAUAAACCAUUGGUAAUUACUGUUUGUACAAACUUGGCAAACAUUAUUAGAUUUUUGUUGGAUUGUUACUGUUUUGAGUGAAUUUUUUAAUACAAAUAAAUGAUUAGUAAUACAUUCAUUUAUUAAUUAUUUUGCUUUAUUAGUUUCAUUGUUAAUUUUAUAUUGUACUCAUACCACAGUAUCUAAAAUGUUGAAAUUAUUAAUUACAUAUAUAUAUAUUCUUAAUUUUAUAUUGUACUCAUACCACAGUAUCUAAAAUGUUGAAAUUAUUAAUUACAUAUAUAUAUAUAUUAUAUUAUAAAUGGAGUACAUAUUUUGGACAACAAAAAUGUAAUAUUAAUUUUUUUAGAAUAAUAAAUAGCAAAAUUUUAAAAUCGUAAUCUAUAUUGGAAUAUUAGACUUAAAGAGAAUCACGUUUGGAUUUCAAAUGAAUUAUGCUUGAUUGUAGGGAAGAUAAUUAAGAAAGUUAGAUUUGGAAUGGAUCAUGUUUUAUUAUAAAAAAAAUCUACAGGUAAGAUAAUUGUUGUAUUUAGAUUAAUUAUUUGUUUUAAAUGCAGUAGCAUAGACUUGUAAUUAUUUAGGAAAAAUUAGGGUUAAAUACCAAAUGUACUUCACUUUUAAUAAAUUAGAUAUUAGCUAGACUAUUUUGUCUCUGUAUAUACUUCGAAGCAUAUAUGCAUAUAUUCAAUAUAAAAUAGAUAAUUUACAGCUGUAUUAGACUUACAACAUUUGCUACAUCCAAUAUGUGUGUCAUUUCAGAGAGUUCCACAUCAAUGCAAACCUCCAUUUUAGUGGUCUGUUAAAACAUGGGUAUAUUUAUUUACUGCAUAAUGAAACGGUGAAUAUCAAGAAUCUUGUAGUCUAUAUUUUACGACUUUUACUAUAACUCUACCCCAACCAAGUUCAAUGGAAGUAUCAAGUUCGUGAUUUUUAAAUAUCUAAAAAUAUAUAAACUAACGAUUAUUCAAUCAAAGAUUUCAAAUAUAUAUAUUGGUUUAGACUUAUUUGGAGAAUAAGGCUAAAUAUUAAAGGGAAAAUUGCCAAAAGAGAACAAGAAAUCAACAUAGUUGUCCCUAUGGUAUAAAUCCAUUUUUUUCCAUUUUUUCUCCUUUUUACCCUUUCCAUAUGUUAAAAUUAAUGUAAUAAAUAGUUAUAAGAAUCAAAAAAAUUAUUAAAAAUAUAAAAAACUAAUAAAACACCCAUUUACACAAACACAUAUUUUUUUAGGUUUGAAAAACAUAAUAAAUAAUGUUUUUAAAUUACGUUCUACUAAAAGUAGAAUUCUGUUUCUACACAAAACGGGUGAGUAGAAAAUGAAUUCUAGAAUGAACACAUCCAUCUACUUGUUUUAGAACGUAAAAACUACUUUUUACUAUAAUUCUAAAUAUGGGGAAUACGAAUUCUACUAUUUGUAAUGAUCGCUACUUUUAUUCAGAAACAUGUUUCUACUUUUAUCGAGUAUUCUAAGUUAUCAGGAAUGCAAAAUCUAAAACAUACACGAACGUCCACAUAGUGUAGAAAUUACAUUCUGGAAUUUUGUUAUGUUCUACACAGUGUAGAAGGUGCCUUCUACGGAUAAAAAAACUGAAUUUUCGAAAAUUAAGGAAGUUGCAGUUUUAAAAAUAUUCUAAAAAUAUUCUAACUUCCUAAAACGUGUUUUCAUUGAUUUGCUUCGUGAAAAAUUAAAAAAAAAAACGAUUUUGAAUGUUCUUCUUCACCAAUCUAUGAUUUCCCCAUGAUUUUUCUAUAGUUUGUCUUGUGAUUUUCACAAAAACUUGUUCUAUGAUGCAUAUCUAUACAACAUGUGGUGUUUGGGAGUUUGGAGCAACCACGGGAUGGGUUUUUUCGGCUGAUGAGAAAGGGGCUAGGCUACUGUUAUUGGAAUCAAGUUCUACCUUAGAGGUUUUUAAAAGAAUGGUUUUGGAAGAUUUUGAUAUGGAAGAAGAUAGCUUACCCGAUUUGGAGUUGAGUUAUCUACCUAAUGAGUUGAUCAAUACAUCAACUUGUCCACCUGUGAUCAUUGCGAAUGAUCGACAGCUUCAGAAUUUUGUUGGUUUUGUUCAAAAGUGUGUUUCUACUCGAUUGUGUGUAACGUCUAAAGCCAAAGUUGAGAAUCUGAAUGAACCAGACUUUGAUCUUAACAAGUCGCCAGCUGAUUCAAGUUCUGCUCAAGAGGAGGGAAACUCGGUUGAUAGGGGGAACGAACCGGCUCCUGUGUUUGUUGAGAGGCAGUGCGAGAAAAAGAAAGAAAAGAUUAGAAGAGUCGAAGUUGAUGAGGAUGCCUAUCAUGCCGAUACUAUGAUCUCGGCCAAAGAGGACAUACAUAAGAUGUCAAAGUUUUCUGUGCUCAAUGUUGUUAAGAAGGGACAAUUGUUUGAGAACAAAACUUUGCUGAAGGCGACUUUCGAGCUAUGUGCAAUGAAGCAUAACUUUCACUACGAGGUUAUCAAAACGGAUAGACAACUUUGGUACGUUAGAUGUGAGGAUAAUGCAUGCAAUUGGUGUGUUCGAGCAGAGUGUUUGAAGGAUUCUGAAUAUUUCAUUAUCAAAAAGUAUGUCGGUGAACAUACAUGCGCACCUUCAAACAAAACCAAACCGGGUAGGACUGCUUCGGCCAAAACUAUAGGCAGUCUGAUUAUGCAUAGGUAUGAAGGGGUUAAGGAAGGGCCAAAAUGCAAUGAUAUAAUACAGAUUAUGCUUAUGGAUCAUGGCUGUGAGAUCACGAAAUCUUUAGCAUGGGAUGCUCGUGAAUAUGCGGUUAAUGCUGUUAGAGGUAUACCAGAGAGAAGUUAUGGAAAAAUACCGAAAUACUUGCACAUGCUCAGAGAGGCUAAUCCGGGAACACAUUCAUCGUAUGAGAUUGACAGCAAUGGGAGAUUUCGGUACCUGUUUAUUGCAUUUGGGCAAUCGCUACGAGGAUUUAACAGAGUCAUAAGGAGGGUUAUUGUGGUUGAUGGCACUUUUCUGAAGAACAAAUACAAAGGAGUUCUAUUGGUUGCAACUGCUGUAGACGGAAAUUCUAAUUUGUAUCCUCUUGCAUUCGGAGUAGUCGACUCAGAGAAUGAAAAUUCUUGGGAAUGGUUUAUGAGACAACUAAAUAGUGUCAUUGCUGAUGAUCAUCAUUUGGCUUUCAUUUCGGACAGACAUGCGGCCAUUGCUAAGGCGCUUGAGACUGUGUAUCCAACAGCUAAACAUGGUAUUUGCAUUCAUCAUUUGUUGAAUAAUGUGGUAACAUAUUACCAUGGGAAAGGACUUGUUGGGUUGGUUGCAAAGGCGUCCAAGGUUUAUAGAGUUGCUGAGUUUGAAAAGAUAUUUGCUAAUGUGUGUAAUAUCAGUCCGGCAAUUGGAAAAUACCUAAGGGAUGCUGAAGUCCAAAAGUGGGCAAGAUGUCAAUUCUCUGGAUAUAGAUAUGACAUAAGGACAACAAACCCAGCCGAAUCCAUCAACUCUGCUUUGCGUUCGCCGAGAGAGUAUCCAAUCAUUCCCUUGUUGGACAGUAUCAGAGAAAUGCUGACUCGGUGGUUUUAUAACCGUAAGAAAAAGAUUUCAAAGCAUAAUCAUCCUCUUACCGAAGAUGUGGAGAAAAAGAUUGAAAGGAGAACCGAGAAAGGCAAAAGAUUUGCAGUUUACCCUGUCAGCGAUGGUCGCUUGCUUGUUAGAGGUGAUAAAAUCGACUGCUUAGUUGAUUUGGAUAGACGUACUUGCUCAUGUGGGAAGUACAACCUGAUGAAGAUACCUUGUCGGCACGCAAUUAAAGCUGGGUUUCAUGUUGGAAGACAGCCACACACAUUAACUGAUUUAUUUUACACUACAGAAGCUUGGCGAGAAGCUUAUCAUGAAAGCAUCAAUCCUAUUGCUGUUCCUGAGGAUGCUUGGUCCAUGCCAGAAGAUGUUGUCGUGGACAAUGUGCUACCACCAGAGUCAAGAAAAUCAGUUGGAAGGAAUAGAAAACGCAGAUAUGAAACUGUUGAAGAUAAACUUCGGUCAUCGCAAACAUCACAAAAGAGGCAGCCUCGCAAGUGUAGUAGAUGUGGUAUUAGUGGGCACAACAGAGCAACUUGUAAAAUACCAAUAUAGUCAGUCACAUAUGGUUGGUAUGUUCAAGUAUGCAAGUUGUGGUGUUUGAAAGUGCAGUGUUGCCUUGUCUCGUAUGGUUUUUUCUUCUAAAAACAAUCAACUUUGUUUAACUUUGGCUACUUUGGAUAAUUCUCAUAUGGUUAUUUUAUCAGUUUCAUUGUUAUACAUUGGUAUUAUUUUCACUUCACUUCUCUAUCUCUCUGUUUGUUUAGUUAUGUUCAGCUAUGCUUUUGAGUUCGAGUUUAAGUUUGUUUGACAAUAGCUGAUGUCUGAUUUUUCAACAAAAAAGGUGGAUUGUAAGAACAGAUCACUGAGCACAAAAUAUAAGAACCACUUGACUGGUAAAGUCGACACAAAUAUUGUAGCAACAAAACACUUAUUGAAGCCAAUACUAAGAACCAAAUGACUGGUAAAAACGAAAAAAACACACUAACAAGAAGAUACUUAGAACCAGUAGACUGAUUUCACUCAUUCUUGGCUUCUAAAUCUUCCAAAAAGCCAUAGAAUGCUUCCUAAGCAACCUAAUUCGAGUGAAUUUUUCUGCUUCCUAACUUCUUCUUCUAUUCUCUGUGUGAUACUACUUUUCAGAUCUUCAAUCUCUUCCACAAUUCUCCCUUGCUCAGCCUCUACCCUUCGAAUCUCAUCAAGCAAGGCGUCAUCAACCCACUUAAAUAAAUGAUUUUCCUUCUUUCGCUACAUAGAAACGAAAAUCAUAUUAGGAGAAGUAAAAUGGAAUGAAAAAACAUGCUGUUUAUCCUACACAAUCGAAAAUCGAAUCAGACAAAAAAGGAACAUAACUGCUCGGUAAAUGAAUCGAAAAACAAAUCAAGACUAUGAACCUGUGCCCCUAUUUCACAUCUAUAGAACCGUCGGUAAGGAUUGUCAUCAGUUCUCGAGGAGAAUAUCACAACCCCUUUCCCGCACCAGCACCUAGAUGGCACCCCGUAUGAAUGUCGCCUUGAAGUAUUCAUGUGUGUGAGAAACUGAUUCAGAGAGAAAAAGGAGAUUGACAGAAAAGAAGAUCUGAAAAAAAUGGGAAAAUUCGGGUUUGGUUGCUGAGUUGGUGUUAUAUAUGUCGGGUUUUAGGUUUAUUGUGGAUCUAGUUGUGGUCGGGUUUGAUUGUUGGGUUGGAUCAAAAGUCUGGUUUGCAAGAAGCCAAGUUAAGUGUAUUACAUUUGAUUCGAUUUAUUUACUCCUACGGGAUGAUCUAGUAAAACAGUUAUUCUAAAUGUUCUUGUGGUCUUGUUCCGGGUUUUUGUUUCGUUUAGGGUAUGUUUAGGGUUUAGGUUAGGUUUGACUGUGGUCUUGUUCCGGGUUUUUGUUUCGUUUAGGGUAUGUUUAGGAGUUUAGGUUAGGUUUGACUGUGGUCUUGUUCUGGGUUUUGUGUUUCGUUUAGGGUAUGUUUAGGGUUUAGCUUAAGGUUCUAAUUUAAAACAGUGUUAAAUUCUAGCAUUCUUCAGCUAAAAACUCUUAAUAACAAAACCAUAAGAUGUACAUUUGAUUACAAGAGUCAAUCCUAAAAAUCAUAAUUAAACACUAGAAGUUAUACAAUAAACUAAGCAGUCUUGUUCCUAAAAAUGAUAAUAAAAUCUAGAAGUUAUACAUCAGAUUAAGCAAUCUUGUUCAUUACAUUAGAACUUGAAACCAAGCAGUCUCACAAAAUCUCCUCUACAGUCGAAGAGAGACACUCCGGGGAUUGAUACUUUGACAUCCUAUCAAUCAAUUCCGGAUCAUUAGCUGCUUCCCAAAGAUCCCAUAGAAUCCUGUGGCGAGCUUCGAUAAUGUUACCAUCAUGCAACAACGACAACUCCAAUCCAAGCGCAUGACACUCAAUGAACUUCACUGCAUAGACGCCACAGUCACAUUUGGCUUUCAUUUCGGCAAUAGCCAUGAUAUGUGUGAAAACUGGAUCUCUCUUCACAUCAUCAUACUCGGCACACAUAGCUUUCUUCAGAUCUCUGAUAAGUUCCAUGCGGCAACUGUUGUUGAUCUUCUUAACCCGAGGUUCUGAACCCUCUGCAUACAAUCGUUUGGGUAGCUCAAGCUCCAUAUCUACAAAAGAUAAUAAAACACAUGGUUGUUAACACCAAAAGACAUCACAUGAAAGCAUAAACACGCAAACGUCCGAAACAAGCGUAAGAGUGAAACUGAGCCAAACACAAGAUAAUAAUCAAAACCAAACACCAUUGUCUAAUCAAAUUUAAAUUUAGAAACACAGUAGAUCGAUAAAUCAAAUUAAAACAAGUCAAUCUCCAUCUCGCAAACAAAUCAGCAAACUAAGACAAUUACGAGUCAACUACACACAAACUUUGUUCAGCGAAAUCAGUAUCGUAACAGUCACGAACACAAA